AUGCGUCACCAGCUUUCUUCAAUAUUUGAGUCAUCUGGUGAAGGAAAGUUUGAUCCACAUCUUCCAUUUGGACAAUUUGCAAAUUUCUUCCCACCAGGUCUUGGAAAUCCUGGAAAUCUAUGCUAUUUGAAUUCAUUAAUUCAAACAUUUGCAUCUUCAGUCCAAUGGCGCAAUUUUUUUGAAAAAUGUCCGAAAACAAAUCCGAUUUUAGCUGAAAUUAAUGAGAUUUUAAAUAGUUUAUCUCGUCCAUUAAAUGGUAAUACAAUUAUUUCAACGAAAUCUCUUAGAAAGCAACUUCAAAAGGCAGGGUUAACUAUAGAUCCUACAAUUCAGACUGAUAUUCACGAAUUUUAUACUUUAUUUAUUGAAAUUAUCGAAAAUCAACUUAUGCAAAAACUAACAUCACCAACCAGCGCAUUUGCAACACGUAGAAUAUUCCCUACACAUUGUAUUUACGAAGAAACCAUUACAUGUCCGAUUUGCAAUUCAUCAACUUCACGUAUUGACCAGACGUCAACAUUUAUCUUAGAUGUAACGUCUGGAUCAUUGAAUAAUGCGCUCCAAGAAUACUUUGGCCCAAUUACAAUUCAAUCUAAGUGUACUCACUGUAAUCGAAUGACAGACAGGAAAUUAAGGCGAUCAAUCCUAUUUUUACCAAGGUCAAUAUUAUUCUUUUUGACUAGAAAUGUAGGAAUUGGUCGACCAAUUAACCAAGAAUUUGAAUUUCCAGAAUGGCUAGAUAUUACAAACUACUCACUUGUUCCUUUAGAAGAAGUUAAGGAAGAAGUACCUUUGAUGCGUGGAAGCCUUUCAGGAAUAAGUGAAAUACAAGAUGAAACUUCAGGUUUCCGUUUAACAUCUGUUUCUGCCUUCCUUGGUUCAGAUAAUGCAGGUCAUUACUUCACUUAUAGACAGCAUUUUGAAGAAGGAGGUCUUCGAAUGAGAAGAUGGGUUAAAUGCAGUGAUUCCACAGUUACUGUUGUUCCACGCAGUGAAGUUUUCGCUGCUAAGCGUAAUUCUAUCCUUCUUCAUUACGAACUCGUUCAUUAA